AUGUGCGAUAGUUUUAACAAGCAACUGCUGCAGAUGGGAGGAAACUCGGUUCCUGCUCACAAAGGUGUUGUUCAUGGUCAUAUCCACAAUUACAAUAAUUUAACUUAUAUCCACGGUCACAUUCACAAGAACGAUGUUGAAGAUGGAGCUGUACCGGAUCCAGAUGAUGUUUUGAACUGUGCUCAGUACCAGGAUUGCGAGCAUUUUGAGUUUAUAAAUUGCCAUAGUCUGAAUCUGUUUGGUGAAAAUGGUGAUACCAACGAAAAACAGCCUGCAGUGCAAUCGAACUCUUCACAGCAUCACCUCGAGCAACAGAACGAACAGAAAGGCCCACCUCGGUUUGUGGAAAUCACCUCUGAUGAUAAAAAUGAAGCAGUACCGAAUUCUCUCAGCAAUGCAUUGGACUUCCUGGACUGUCACUUGACUUGUGAUUCACCAAUGUUGGAAGAUGAAGAUGAAGACGAGGAUAUAGAAGACGAAGACGAUGAAGAGGGACGCGGAAAAGGACGCGGGGAUGAAGAGUAUACAAAGAAGGAACUGGACAAGAUAUUAAAUAACGAUAGUACUUCGAAUUUAAACUUGGGUGCUAUUUCACAACAGCACUUGCAGGCAUUGGAUAAUGGUGCUACCUCGAGCAACAACAACAGCAAGCUUAUCCACAGUGAGAAUUUCAAAAUUGCUAAUCCCACUCUCAAUACUCCACUCCUCAACGAGGAGAAUGGCAAUCUUACUGUAGGUGUGGACCAUCUACAGAAUGGCCUUCCAGACCCUCUCAGUAUCAAUAUGAAAAAUGAACAGGCUCAUCAACUUGAAGAUGAGAUGAACAGAUUCUUGACACCCAGCAGUACUAAUUCUCAGAAUUUGAGUGUAAAACGUGAAUCACCUAAGAGCAUAAACCCUUCUGCUGUUAACGUUAUGGACAUUAGCGUCAAACACAACAAUAACCGUGAUCUCCUAGGUUUGAAACCAGAACUGAAGAGCGAGGAAUUGCACGAUUUAAAACAACAAUGUAUCGAUAUGGAGGACAACGACGAUGAUAAGGAUACCUCGGUAGAUGACCAGUUAUUUGAAAAUCUCUGUUCCCAAUGUGUUGUCAAUUACGAGUUAAUGGAAACCCCACAUUUUCAUCAUAAUUCUCACUCUCAUAUUAUAAACACACCAACAGAUAUGAAGGUAUUGAAGGAUUUGUCUAGCAUAUCCACAUUGUAUGAACUGCUAGGAAAGCACGAACACACCCACGAUAAUCUAAAUGAAAAUAAUCCUCAACAUCAUGAUCAUGUGUCAAUGAAUCUAUUGCAUUGUACCUUGAACGGCUACAACGAAUACAAUCAUACUGAGAAUCAACAUAUCCAAUUAAAACAAUCUCACGAUCAUGAAUGCGAUCACGAUCACGAUCACGAUGAUUCUCAUCAACACCCUGACCAAAACAUGGAUGAAGAUAAAGAAGAAGAUGAAGGAAAGAAUCAUCAUUAUCACCAUGGCUGUGGGCAAACCCAAGACCAAGAAUAUGCUCAACUUCCUCUUCAUUCACAUCGAAUAACUUCUGAUUUAAAUACUGAUUUAAUUGCGAAUACUAUCAACUUCAACUGGUCAUUCAAUACAAAUAACGAGCCUAUCUAUUGUCAAUGGGAUGACUGUCUACAGCCUUACGACAACCUGCUAGACUUACAAACUCACGUUUUAAAAGAUCAUGUCGCAAUAGAUGACUCAAAAGUUUUGUCGUGUAAGUGGACUGAAUGUGACUUCAACACAGCAGAUCCAUGUACAAUGGUUAACCACGUCAAUGGAAAACACGGUAUAAAUUUCGAUGUGAAGGUUCUUGACAACAAGACUAUGGCCAAACAAGUUACCGCUCACAAACAACUUCAUGAAGAACCACAAUCUUGUAUUUGUAAAUGGGCAGGAUGUAACAAGGAAUUUGAUUCCGCGAAGUCCUUGAAUGAACACAUAGAAAAUUUCCAUGUUCCAAGUGGGCUGAGCUCAUACAAGUGCGAAUGGGAGGGAUGUAACAAAGUAUUUGUUCAGAAACAAAAGCUAAUUCGUCAUUUGAAGGUACAUUCCAAAUACAAGCCGUUUAGGUGUGCAGAAUGUGGUAAAUGUUUCAACACACAGGACAUUCUCACGCAACAUCUACGUGUUCACUCAGGAGAAAGACCUUUCAAGUGUCAUCUAUGUCCCAAGAGCUACUCAACUUCAUCAUCAUUAAGAAUUCAUAUCCGAACGCAUACGGGAGAAAAACCUUUAAGUUGUCCAAUUUGCAAUAAGAGGUUCAAUGAAUCGAGUAACUUGGCUAAACAUAUUAGAACACAUAAACGAGAAAACUGCCGAAACAGCAAAAGGGUAUAA